AUGACACACGACAGACGGAAAGAAAGAGCAGCCAGCCAUAUGUUUUCUCUUGUUCCGUCUUUCCAGCAACGUCAACCCAAACUUACCUCCCUCUUGGUCUCCGGCACCGCCCAUGUCCACGAACUUUCCACCCGGCCUCCGUCCCCGCCCUGGGAUCCUGUGUCUCUCCCCCGCCACCGCCGCGGGGGCGCAGGGCGGGUCCCGCGCCAGUCUCCGCGCCUCGGGCGCUGGGAAGCCCUCGGCUACCCGUCGACCACGACGAAUUCGUACCCAUCGGCAUGCCGUCAACUCGACCCUGGCGCGCUCAAACCGUCCACCCGACACAAAGUGUCAGUCACGCUCCCAGCGGAAGUAGAUCCGCGUGCCCGCCUCCUCUUUCUUCACCCGCUGCCAAGCCCGCACCGCGGCGAAUUCUCGUCUUCUUCAGCUCUUCCCCGUCCCCUCGACACCGAUCCGAGCGCGCCUCGCAGUCCCCAGAGCUUCCAGCACCGCUUCGCAAAUAUCGGGCACACCGAGCGUCGCCGCACCGUCGACGAGAGAAAUACAAAUGUGGUCUGCGGUUCGUGA